AUGUCACAUGCUAAUCUUUACCCUGUAGGUUUGCCUGGUAUUCCACCUGCCAACUUUCGGUAUCAGCGUCUGUGGUACACUGUAGUUACCAUUGGCCAGCUUUUGCACCGGCUCGUGAGGCCAUAUCAAAGACUUCCAUUACAAACCGCUCGAUUAGUCGAUGACAAUCAGUCUAUUGAUAGCCGUGUGCAAUUGGCAGACCAGCAAACCAUCGCGGAAAACUGGAUUCUCGAUAUUUCUCGCGGACUUCUAUGCAGUAUCGCACAGGGUGCUGAUGAGACUCGAGAUGUGCAUGCUACUUCGGCCGCCGAUAUCUUAUUGGCUGGUAUCGGACAUCGUCAUCGCCCAGAUUGUGGGGAUGGACAUGUUGAUGCUGUGCAGUGUCUUCAGGAUGAUGUAGAGACUGAUUGGAUUGCAGCUAUUGAUGCACGAUAUGGUGUUAACACCGUAUGGUCGGCAUGCCACUGGUAUUUGGAUUGUUCUCCACAAGAUUUGUCCGGUUUCGACAAGUUGAUUGCCAGCGAUCCUACCCGACUUCACGCCUUCCUGAUUCAGCGACGCAACUACAUUGAUCAUCGGGUUGAGAACCCCCAGCUUCGAACCAGGGGCGACUUGAACCUGGGACCUCGUGUGUUGGUGACAAUGAGCAAUCAGAGCCGUAGCACCUUGAAGAAGCCAAAGUCCUACUUUGUGGAUUUGGAGUCCUACAAGACUGAUAAUCCGGGAACUGUGGUUCAGGAGAAGGACAAGGUCAAUGUGAGAGUCGGAAGGAAGGGUUACUAUGAACGCGAAGAUGCAGUGGACAAAGUAUCCAAGAUGGAUGUGAUUGCCUUUGACUCGAAUGAAGCUAUCGGCGCGUCUCCAGAUUUGAGCACCAAGGUCUUCAAACAGACCAGCAAAUCCAUUGCACCAGCGAACCCAGAUCCACUUGAUGCUUUGGAUCUGCCUUUCUUCAAGAUGGGACAUCAUCCAGAGCUUGGCUGUGCUAGGUCAUCGGGAGCUGCAUCAUCUUCAGCUCCUUCGACAGUGACGCUCACGUCUUUGCCUGCCAUUGAGGCUCCGAGCAUGUUGUCUUUGCAGGAUCGCCAAGGUGAUGGUAGCGGUUCAGACAAUGAGAUUGAACCUUCUCGACCACCUAUGAUGAGCCACAUGGAUGUCAUCCAGAAGGCAUUUCCCAAGCAUUCUGCAAAGGAGCCAAAAACAUCAGCCAAGGCAGCCCCGAAGAUGCCAGCUCAGAAAGCCCGAUCUCAGCCAUUAGCUGCGAAAAAAAGAAGUUCAGCAGAUGCUGACGCCACCCCCCAGCCCAAGGCAAAGAUUUUGAGGCUUCAUGAUCAACCUGAUGCGAAAACAACUCCAGGUGAUGCUGGUCCGAAAGAUAGUGAUCGGGAGGUUUUGGCUGACUACAAUGAGCAGAUGAAAGCACUCAAGGAGAAAUCAUUGGCAGGGAUCAGCGACACUGAGACAGGCAUCACAGACAACCUCAAAAUAGCGAACAAAGACCUGAUGGCACUUGUCAACAAAAUCAGAACGAAGAAGAAGAGUCUGAAGCGUCGCAAGGAUGCAACCUUCUUGAAUGAUGGCUUGGAUAACAUCAUCCAGGAGCUUGUGAAGGUCGCUGACAUUGCUGAUGCAAUGGCAAAGUUUCAUGGUACUACUGAGCAUUAUGCCACAAUGAAGUCUUUCAAAGUGGAAUGGAAUAUGAGUUCUGCAUUCUUCAAGCGUGUCUUCAAAUGCAUGGCCCUGCAUGCAUUGAAGUUUGCUGAUUGGGGCGCCUUCCUUGAGAUUCGUGGAAUGCUUCAUGCUGACAUUGGCUACACCAACGGUGAGCUCUACUUUGAGAUCUUGGUCAGUGAUGUCAUUCAGCGUUUGCUUCGAGCAUUGCCUGCCAAGGGCUCUUGGACAGAAGAGAUGAUGCAGCCAAUUUCGAGCUUCUUUGUCCAUAUGGCUACCAGCGUCAUCGAUGGACGUAUGCCAAAAAGUUUGCAGCAUCUACAUGUAGUGGUGUGCCAUGAACAGCAGACUCCUUCCAAGGUGAUUGAAUCAGUGAACUACAUCCAUGCUGCUGCAACUUCCAAUGUCUGCAAGGCUCAAUCGGAUUCAGGAUUGGCUGCGGUGUUCAGUGGCAUCAACCAAGGGAAAACUCUUUUGAAGUUAGCCAACGCAUCAGCCUUGCAAGCCCAGAAGGAUACGGGACACUUGCAAGAGCUCAGUGAAUGCAUUGACGAGGUUGCGAAGCACUUGAGUGAGAUUCCGGAAUCAGCUGUUGAUUCUCUUGAUUGGAAAAAAACUCUUGAUCUUGGAACCAAGGCAGUCAACAUCUUGAUGAACAUCCAAUCCCAAACCAGUUCCGGACCAUCUUCGAAAACCAUCAUCAACAAUGCGAAGAAACAAAUCUCAGAAUUGGUGUCAACCAUCAGCAAGUACUUCUUGAUGGGUCCAUUUCAGACAUGGAUGUCCAACUGGGUGUCUCAGUACAACCAAUCAAAGACUGCGUUGAAGGAAUUGCCUUUGUCACCUUUGUCACUCAAAGCAUGGGAUAGCAUCAACCUCAAGACGUUGACCAAGGAUGCUUCUACAUCGCUCCAGUGUGCUCUUCGUACAGAUCAGUUCAUGAUCGAUUUCACAGCAUGUGCAGUUGAAGCAACUAGCUUGGAUAGUUCUUCAACAGCCUUGGUCAACCUGAUGAAGUCCAUUGAGACAUUCGAAAAGUCAACGUGGCCCAUGAUCAAUGAGAUGAAGAUUCUUGCGGAGGAGAAGGGAGUUGCUUCCUACACCGACUUGAAGACCAUCUCCCGCGGAAUUACAGACACUGGGAUCAACCAUCAGAUCCAAUGCACAACCACUGCAUUGGGUGCGAUUGUGGCCAAGGUAUCUGGGAGACAAGAAAUCUGA